GGACAUUCUAUUGUCUCCUAGAGAGUUCUGGCAUCCUCUGUGAUGUCACCAGUGUUGUAGUGACAACCAGUGCCCUAGUUUCUCUCAUACUGAGUCUGGCAGUUACAAGCUAAGACAUGUUUUCCCGUCUUCGCAAGCGUUUUGGGAGGGGGAACGUCGAUUGUGGAGAGACUAGAGUGAAGGAGUCUGGCCUUUCGUCUCAAAGUAAUGAUGGACAAAGACAGCACUUCUGGGGAAUGUGGAACGCUGGGAGAGAAACAUCAUCCCCUGGCACUGACCUAAGCAAGAAUCAGGCCAUGAAGGAAAAGGAGAGGCUGAUUAAAGAGCUGCAGCUCAUUACCGAGGAGAGAAAUGACCUGAGAGAUCGCCUGAGGUUUCUGACAGAGAGAUCCAUGAAGAACAGGCCAAACUUCAGGCCAAAUCCAUAUUAUGAAGACCUGGAGAGAAUGGAGGAGGCGGUCAUGUCAAUUCUGCACAACUUAGAGAUGGAGAACACUGAGGUCCAUGAGAACAACCAUAAGCUGAAGAAGGAGAUUACCUUCUCUAGAAACCUGCUCAGCCAGCUCCUGAUGGAGAACACAUGUAGGAAGAAGUUGGUCCCACUGAAGCAGGAGAACAAGGAGGGACAUCUUGAGUGUGCACUGAACCAGAAAUAUUUGGUUGACUUCAACAAGAAAGAUAAAGACCAUCAACGGCCAGAACCAGCAUUAUCAGGUCUCAGAAAGUGCAAGAGAGCUGGAAUUGGACACACCCCAGUAAGAGAGCUUCCUGAAGAAUAAGUUGCUUUCUCAGGAGUCCCUGAUGACCAACAUCCUGAAUGAAAACAGCACUUGAGAGACAACUUGGGGGACCGCCUUUCAUUAUGUGUGCUAGAGGAGAAACAGCAAUACGUCUGUGCUUCUAAAUGUUCGUUAAGAAUAUGCUUUUAGAAAUAUUUUUGUUAUGAUUUUAAUUGAAGUUUUCUUUUUGUUGUUUCAUAUUUAUAUGUUCUUGUUACUAUUUUUACUUUAAAAUAUUUUUAAAUAUUUUUAUUCAUUUUAAUCCUGUUUUGUUGUAAAAAUGUAUUUGUUAUGAAUAAAAAUUGAAUUCUA